UGUGUUCCUCUUACCGGAUUCGGAUUUCGUCGAGGUGGAUACGAGUGUGUCUGCCAACCUGGACAUCGUUUGCCGGCCGGUCAGAAUGGCCCGUUUCGUGGUGUCGACAUUGAGGUCGCCACCGAGCAGGAGUACAAUAAUGGAUUCGAUUGUAUCCCAGUUGGAUGGCGCGAAGUUAUUCCAGAGGAGACCGGGCUUAAAGACGCCAGCUCUACUUCUUCAGUUGUUCGCCGUUCUGUUGACAGUGGUAUUUGGGAUCGGUCCGGAAAUACCGAAUCUCCGGGUGUUAGGCCUUCCGAUGAGGUUGAUAUUGGACUUCACAUGCCCACAGAAUAUGGCCCUAAUGGAUUACCUGAGACCGUACUGAACAGCAUCACAGAAGAUCCCGGUAAACUGGAUCAACUUCGCCCGAUUUCCGAACUUUUUGUUGAGAACCACACAGUUCCUGGUUAUCGUUCAGUUUCCCAUCUGUUGCCCCUAGAGCCGUCCGAUAUGCCCAUUCUGGCGUCGCUCUUGUCCCGGUCGACCGACAAGUCUUCUCCCGUGUACUACGGUCCGAGAAAUCGUGAAGUUCCAUCCGACGCGGAUAAUCAAACCGAGUGGGAAAAGCCGCUCAGACGUGAGAAGCGUGACUGGGAUGUACCGUUCUAUACUGUUGGAGAGGGAACUGUUUUCAAUUCGGAUCGCUUUUUUGAGGUUCACAGACUGAUCGCACAUGCGAAGAAAGUGACCAGCAAAAAUUGUGAUUUGAUGACUGCGGAUCAGUUGGAAUUUCCCGGCGAAGUGAGUUACGGGGCAGAGAAACAGUUCGAAAUGGUCGGUCGUACGGCGCUUCGUCUCUCGCAUUUCCUGAGCGCCUAUUAUCAGAAUAAUGUUGUGGGCGAGGUGUACGGUAGCUUGUUGAUGUUUACCGAUCACGAUGGGGUCACUUGGGACUUGUUUGCUCCGUAUGCCUACAAACCGGUUGGAAGUACACAAGCCGUGGAAGCGAUCGAUAUGAGUGUGAACACUUUUCGUGAUUAUGUAGAAAAGCCGUGGUUCCGUACUCUCAAGAUAGGCGAACAAACCGAUCGUUUGAAAAAGUGGAUGCACACUCGUGAACACAUCACCGAAGGAAUUCUGGACGCUUCGUUGGCUUGUGUCCACUACCAGUCCUGUGCAACCUGA